AUGGAGGGGAAAGAGAAGUACGAUGCAGCGUCAGACUCGGCCCCGGUGCCAGACGUGGACGGUGGGCAGGACGUGUCUUUGUCAGACGCAGAGGGCGGGAUCAAGCGCGACUUGAGUUCGCGGCAUAUCAACAUGAUUGCGAUUGCAGGAAUGAUUGGAACUGGUCUGUUCCUCAGCUCAGGCUCAGUGAUCGCAACUGCAGGACCCGCAGGUGCGUUGCUCGCCUAUAUUGUGAUGGGAUUCGUUACGGCUGGCGUUUCCUACACCACGGGCGAGAUCACGUCUUUCAUGCCGGCGACUGGCGGUUUCAUCAGACAUGCGACGAAGUUUGUGGAGCCGGCUCUGGGCGCUGCGACCGGAUGGAACUUUUGGUACACCAUGGCAAUUUCGGUGCCAGCUGAGAUCAGUGCGGCGGCAACUCUUGUUCAAUUCUGGAACACCUCAGUAAACCCUGCUGUUUGGAUUACUAUCUUUCUCUUAUUCAUCAUCGUUGUGAACUUUGCCGGGGUCAGGCUCUAUGGCGAAACUGAAGUUGUGUUUGCUUCUCUCAAGAUAAUGACCAUCAUUGGCCUCAUCAUCGGCGGACUAGUGAUCAACCUCGGCGGCGGGCCCAACCGUGAACGCCUUGGUUUCCGUUACUGGCAAGACCCCGGAGCUUUCAACAGCUACAUUGUUCCUGGCUCAGCUGGAGGUUUCCUGGCUUUCUGGAAGGUGUUGCUCUCUGCUGCCUUCAGCUAUGGAAACAUCCAAGUCGUGGCCAUUUCUGGCUCUGAGACUCGCCAUCCGAGGAAGAUUAUUCCUGCAGCAACUAGGAAGACCUUCUUUCGAGUCUUUGUCUUCUAUGUUCUGAGCAUUCUUGUUGUUGGAAUGAUUGUUCCGUCCAACGACCCUGCUCUGAGUGUCUCAACUGGCACGGCUCAGCAAUCCCCAUUCGUCAUCGCCUUCACUCGCUCUGGUGUGUCUGUCUUGCCAUCGAUCAUCAACGCCGUUGUUUGCACGUCUGCAAUUAGCAGCGGAUCAGCCUGCGUCUUCAUUGCCUCUCGGACGCUUUAUGGUCUCAGCUGCGAUGGCCAUGCCCCCAGGAUCCUCCAACGCUGCAACCGCUUUGGAACGCCCUAUGUCGCUGUGGCUUUGACUUGCGUCUUAUUUCCGCUUGUGUACCUGAACGUUGGAAACAACACGUCCGUGGUGUUUGGUUGGUUCGUGAACAUCACAACAGUCGCUGGUCUUAUUGGCUGGAUUGUCAUCGAGUUCACCUACCUCCGGUUCUAUGCAGGGCUUAAGGCGCAAGGUUACUCUCGUAAAGAUCUUCCCUAUCGAAGUCCUGGCCAGCCUUAUGUGUCAUGGAUUACGCUAGUUGCUGUUGUUCUGGUUGUCUUCUUCUCCGGCUUUGACGUCUUCACCACCGGAAACUUCACGGCCUCCGGAUUUUUGACCUGUUAUCUGAACGUCUUCAUCUUUGCUGCGUUGUACGUGUUCUUCAAGUUUUACCUCAAGUCUCGGGUCAUCUCACCUUCCCAAAUGGAUUUCGAGACGGAGUUUGCAUCGAUCCGACGAGAGAAAGCGGAGUCGGAAGUAUUUGACACGAGGGAAACCGGACUUAGGUCGUCAUUUGGCAAACUCAUUCACUCCGUUUAG